AGCUGCAAGAAAUGACAAGUGGAUGACAUCAGAGUACCGCGAGAACGAUUUAAAACCAGCCUCCUUCGCAAUAUUUCUCGCGGUACUCUGAUGUCAUCUUCUUAUCGGCUCUUUCGGCGCUGCGUAAAGUUGACUACACCUAAAAAUCUUACUGGUAAUCUCGACAGAGUAGCUCUGUGUAUGUCUGCAGUCCAUUAAUUGCAUAGGAGGAAAAGUUCUCUCUUACUUCUCAGCGUGAUAAAUACAAGAUUUGACGUGUGACCUGACUGAAAAUGCGUGUGAGAGCCUUGAGGAAACAGUGGAACAUGUAAUGAUGUGUUGAGAUGUUGACGAUGGGAGAUGAGAUGGAUGUGACGUGCUGUAAAUCAGUAGGAACUGAUCUGUCCAUGCGGGAUAUUGAUGAUUUCAUCACAGAAAUCUCUCAGCUGAAGAAAGAGGUGGCGUUACUGGAGGCAAAGCUGAGGUCGAGAGGAGAUGAAGGACUGAAGAGAGAGGUUUGUUGUGAAUCUUCAGUGUGUGUGACUGAUAGGAGUCUGGAUUCAGUGUGCAGAGAUCAGAGCCGCACACCACAGCCACUGCUGGACAAACACACACAGGACUCAGAGCUCAGUCUCACUUUACUCUGUUAUACUGAGUCAAAGCCCACAGAUGAUCAGGAGGACACGGCAGUGUGUGACAGUAAUCAGAGCUUACAGGAGAAUCAAACCUCCACAGAGUCUCUGGAUUCGGUCUGUAACGCUGGAGAACAGCAGCAGAUCCUGAAGAUGUGUUCAGUCAAACUCAUCGACUGCAGGAACAUCAUGGUGAAGAUGAGAAGAGAAACCACAGCUGAAGAACAUCACACUGAGGAAGAUGAGGAACCCACAGCUGAAGAACAUCUCACUGAGGAAGAUGAGGAUUACGAUGAUGAUGAUGAUUUUAUUCUUUCAGAUGAUAAGAGUGAUUCAUGUUCGGACGGAGAAACCUUCUCAGCAUCAAAAGAGCGACUGACAGCACAAACGCUUUCCUCCAUCACCAGUAAAAAUACAUUAAGACAAAUAGAGAGACAUGAGAGAAAACACACAGAGCAGAAACUCUUCCCCUGCACCAGAUGUAAGAUCAGCUUUACUACCUCAAAAGAGCGGAGCCAUCAUUAUUCAGAAGUGCACCUAGUAAAGAAGCACUUUCACUGUGAGGAGUGUGGGAUAAAUCUUUUUGCAUCAACGUCUAAUAUAAAUAAUCACAUGAAGACACACAGUGAUGAAAAGCUUUUCCACUGCAGUGAAUGUAACAAAUAUUUCUCCAACAAAGGAAAUCUCGUCGCUCAUAAGAGAACUCACACAGGAGAAAAACCAUACAAGUGUCCUCACUGUGAGAAGAGAUUUCGUAAUUCAAACUAUAUUAAGAGACACGUGCGUUUACACACCAAUGAGAGACCGUAUCAGUGCAGUGAAUGUGGAAAAACCUUUAGGGUUUUAGGCUAUUUAAGAUCACACCAAAAAACACACAGUGAGGAGAAACCCUAUCAGUGUUCAUACUGUGAUAAACGUUUUCCUCAGAAAGGUCAUCUGAUAAUUCACGAGAGGAUUCACACUGGAGAGAAACCUUACCUCUGCUCUCACUGUGGAAAAAGCUUCUCUAAUCCAACUGCUUUUGGCUUUCAUCAGAGAGUUCACACUGGAGAUAAACCUCAUCCCUGUGAUGUUUGUGAGAAGAGCUUCAGUCGACAUGACCAUUUAUUGAGACACCAGAGAAUUCAUACCCGUGAAAGACUUUACAAAUGCUCUCAGUGUGACGAGACAUUCGCUCGAUCAGAUGUUUUGAGAACCCAUCAGAGAGUUCAUACUGGAGAGAAACCUUACCACUGCUCCAUCUGUGGAGAGAGAUUCGCUUAUUUAGGAAGUUUUCAGAGUCAUCAGAAGAAACAUGCUGAAGCACAAACUACACUAAAUUCAUAAUAGCAUCUUUUAUCAUUUUUAUUCACACCUUAGCAUAAUUUUGCUUAAACUUAACUUUAAUUUUCUUGUAUCUAUUGAAGUAAAAUGUGCAUUGUGUAACUUAGAAGAAUCUCUUGACAGAAUUUAUCUGCUGAAAACUUUUAUCUCAGAUAACUCAGAUCAGAUAAAGUUAAGAUCAAAUAUUUGGUGUCCACUAUAAGUCUAAAGGGGGUCACACACCAGACGCGCAGUUCAGCGCAGCGUCUAGGACAACUAAAACCGGAAGUGCACAUUAAAUAGCUCAAGCUUAGUCUGAUAGCAUCUACUUCAAAUAUAUACAAUAUAUGCAAAAUAAAUAAACUUUUUUUUUUGACCUGCGCGUCUGGUGUGCGACCCCCUUAAGAGUCAGGGCAUCAUUUGAAAUUUUUAUAAAAUAAAGGUGUAAAAUGUUGAUUAUAUAUGGUGAUCAGGUGAUCUCUGGCCUUUGGUGUGAACUUUUACUAGCCUGACUCUCCAUUAGAUUAUGCUGCAACAAAAUAGAAAUGUAACUUGAUCCAAAUUAUUUGUGCCAUACACAUAAAUAAUACAUAAAUGAUGUGGCUUGUUGAGAAGAGCAGUAAUAUAACUCAAUGGUUACAGGUGUUGUGUAAAAUUAAGACGACCUCUUUUGAUUUGGCUUAAUUGGCAUGCUUUAUUUCAAAGAUAAAGACUUAGUUGUUCUUUAUGCGUUUUAUUUACCAUUCGUGGACCCCGUUCAAU